CACGUUUUACGAUCGUCUACAACAAAUUGAAAGAUUGUGCUACAGCACACAAUCAGAAAACAUAAAAAUGUCAAAAUCCACCUAAUCUGCAAAUAGCCACAUAAAGCGCAGGCUCUCAAUCUGGCUAACAAUUUGCAUAACAGAUCAUAGAUAGAUGGCAUUUAAAUUUGGAAAUUCUUGUAGCAGCAAAAACAAAAAUAGAUGCAAAGGUAAUUUUGUCAUCUUACAGCAAAAACACAAAAGCCUUUAAAUUGGUAGUGUAUAACAAACUACAGACAGAUUAUUGUAGUUGGCUACUUCCUUCUUGGCUAUUUCUGGUCCUGACCUUCAGCUUCUUUAUCAUAUUUCUUCAACCCAAAGAAUUUGAUUUUGGGCUUAAGAGCAUCUCCAUCCGUUCUAGGAAACUCGAAACCCAGUAAGCAAUUUGCUCCAACAAUAUCACUAUCAACCACGAAUACGAUGGUCACAGAAGCCAACGACGCCGUUUCCUCCAAACUGUCAACCACCGCUGUACUGUCACCGACCACCUCCUCCUCCAGCGGCGGCGCCCUUAUCAUAUCAAUUACAGGUGCGAUGCGUUCCUUCCUCACCGCAUCUUCCACUGAUUUACAUCUAUCGGAGGAUCUCAGACACCUUUCUUCUUCGCUUAUCCUCCAGUCGACCGCACCCUACCAAUCCCUAAAAACGAUCUGGUUCGGAUCCGAAUUCGGUUCCAGACCCGAUUUAUCCUCUCUCCUCGCCGGCUCUAAUUUUAUCUUCGCCAGCCCCACGCCUCGCCAAAAGAGCGAGGAGCUGAAGGCGAGAUUGAGACAGCUGGAGGAAGCAGCUGAGAGGAAGGCGUACGAUGAAUUGGUGAAGGACAUUACUCCGAGGAAGCCUGUGAAUGAGCCUUUUUCUUCUUACAAGGAUCAAUUAGGCUUCGGAUUACACGUUGUGGUUACAAUGUUUACUGGAUACUUGGUUGGGUAUGCAGCAUUCCGUGCCUUGUUUGGCCAAAGUCCUCCCAUGAGUGCUGCUGGAGGUAUCCUUGGUUUGGUCGGGGCCAUGCUAGUUGAGACCCUUCUGUUUAUACUCAGAUCUUCUGACCUUGGUGGUGAAUCUUCUUCAUCUUCUACUUCCCGCCCUUCCAAUUUGAAGAUAAAGAAGAAUCAAUAGGUUCGAAUUAAGACAUAUUCCUUUACUCAGUUUAUUUACAUGAUAAAAUGUUUUUGUUUUCUUGGAAGAUUGUGUUAUGGGUAAAUAAGGCAGGGCUACUUAAUGUAGAUUUUCAUAGAGUUAAUAGUACUCCAUGUGAAAUGCAAGGAUGGUUUCUGAUCUUAUUCAAAAUUUAUUUGCAAAAUACAUGAUUGCUACAGGCAAUCUUUUACAUUUGGCGUCGUCCCUGUGUAUUUUUUGGCUUUUGGCGUCGGAUUUAAUUUCGCAAGUGUUUCCUCUGUUAUUGUUGUUUUGGAAUUCUAUGUAAAAUCCAUCUAUUUCUUCAAUUUCACAAGUGUUUCUUCUAGAAUUCUUCAAUCCCUGAUCUGGAAUUCUUCAAUUUCGCAAAAGUAAUUCUUCAAAUCCUGUUAUGGAAUUCUUCAAUUUUGCAAGUGUUUCCUCUGUUUUUGUGCAUCCAUCUAUAUUUAAAAUCCAUGUAAAUGUUUUAUUUUUGAAUGCAUAACUAAUGAAGCGCGGCCUUCACCUUCUCUUUUUGACUGCCAUACUAUGAAUAAUAGAUAAAGUUUCACCAAAACUCAAUCAUAAAAAUUUCCACGUGUUUUAUUCCUUGUGAUCAGUGUUCUACUAAGCUUUAUGAAUUUGAGAGUAAGUUCGAAUACUUUUUCUAUAUUAAGUUUUGACAUGCUUAUCUACUUCUAUUUUUUAUUAAGCAGCUUCGCAUGGCAUGCUGAGAUAUUUGUUUACUUUCGAUUAGAUUCAACUCAUUCCUUUUGUGUUCCAGUUGAAUGAAUUAGUUGGUGGGAAUUCAUUAAUUAUAGAUUGGAGGCGUUCUUUUUAUCUGAAUUUGAUUGCUCAUACCUCCUUCAAUGUGACUGUAGCAAUUUCCAGGUAAAUUCUUAUAUUUCCAUGGUGUCGCUAACUUGGGUUGGUAAUAUCAGUGAUUCGUCAAGCCUCCAAUUGGAAAGUGCCGAUGAUUGAGGGUGCACGGCGCAGAUGGAAGAGCAGCGUGAUUGAGUUCUAAAUUCGACCACCAACAAAUUCCCCCAAAGUGUUUGCUUUCUAUGUUUUGUUUGAAGUAGGGAGGGGGUAGGGAAUGUCUUUAUUAAAUUUGAAUGAGGGUAGAAGAGUAAUUUCGACGCCUAUUCUUGAAUUGUAGAAAGGAUUAUCAAAUUGAUUUUUGUAGAUAAAUGACAAUUAACCUCGUUUAGCAAA